UUUGUUGAUGGACUUUCAGAUUGGUUACCUAUAGGUCGGUCGUGGUGUUCAAUGACUUUACUUAACAGACAAAGGAAGGUUAGAAAAAAUUUAUUUCUUCUUAAAGAGGGUUAUUUUUCAGAAGGGGGCAUAAAAUUAACUCCGCACUCAGAGAAAAGUCUGGCCAGGUAUUGGGUUUGGUUUCCAAAAUUUCUCUUCAGAUUGGAACUUCGAAAAUCUUUCUGGUCAUGUUUCGAAUUGAAAAAAGUCCUGAUUUUAUGUUAUGGAGGCCUUUGUUCUCGAGGUCAAUCACUUUGUGAUCUUUGGGAAUUGGAUAUAAAUGAAUUAUAUAAUCAAAAAAUUUUACAACAAAAACAAUUAAAAUCUUAUAUAAAACAACAAAAUACAGACGAUAAAAAACAUUUUUGGAGACAAAUUCCUCCAUUAGAACAUCGACUCCCUUCAAGACUUUGGCAUUGUUCUGUAUUAAUGGGUGAAGAAGCUAUACUUAUUUAUGGUGGAAUGAAUGAGGCCCCUUCAAGAGAAUCUCCUUUUGUUCAUACUCUUCUUGUUUAUCGUAUCUCACCUCCUUCACUUCGGCAAUUAGCUUUAAAUGCUUUGGCUUCUUUAAUUGUUGAACGUUGGAUUGCACAAACAACAACUACUAAAAUUGAUAAUAAUAAAUCGGUUUGA